GCCGUUGAACCGUCUCGUGCGCUUUCUGGCUUUUUGAGACACAUCCCAUCCCCCCUUGCUUUUGCUCCAGCUUGCGCAUCAUGUCGAGCAGCGACGAGCCUCCCAAGUAUGCUGCUGACCCCGCGUCUGCUGCUACUCCAGCUGUAAAGGAAACCGCGCAGGUUGACUUGCGCAGUGGCAGCGACAAAGCGCAGAUGACGGUCGGCGAGGCCCAUGGCUUCUCGCUGGAAGAAGAGAAGGCGCUUCUUCGUCGUGUCGAUUGGAGACUUGUUCCUAUGUGUGCGCUCAUCUUCAUGGUCAAGUCGAUUGAUGUCAACAAUGCCGCCAAUGCCCGCAUUAUGAACCAGGGUACGCCGCAGAACAUCUUGAAGCAGCUCAAGAUGACUGGCGACGACUUCAACUUUGUCAGCACUGUGUACUUUAUUCCGUUCCUUGUUUUUGAGAUUCCCUCGCUGCUUUUGAUUAAGCGCAUGCUGCCUUCUAGAUUCCAGGCGCGCAUCAUGUUCACCUGGGGUAUUGCGCUUGCUUGCCACGCCGCCGUCACCACCAAGACGGGCAUCUACAUUGCUCGAUUUUUCCUCGGUCUUCUUGAGGCCGGCAUGUUCCCCGGUGUUAUUCUGCAGCUUGCGUAUUGGUACCGUGCCGACGAGAUGCCAAUGCGCCUUUUGUGGUUCUACGCAUUUGAGUUCUUUUCCAACGUCAUCAGUGCUCUUCUUGCCUUUGGUUUUGACUAUGUCUCUGGCAAGGGUGGCCUUUCUGGUUGGCAGUGGCUCUUCCUUAUUGAAGGAAUCAUUACCAUUCUCUUUAGCGUUGCCGUUUGGUUCGCUCUCCCCGAUUUCCCUGAGCAGGCCAAGUGGUUGACUCCUCGUGAGCGAGCCUUCUUGCAAGCCCGUCUUCCCGAAAACGCUCCUCGAUCCGCUGAAGCCCACUUCGACAAGUCUGAAAUUGUUGCAGCCCUCAAGGAUAUCCGUCUUUGGCUCUUUACCCUCAUCUUUGCCACCAAGACUGUCGGAUCCUCUGGUCUCAACUUCUACCUCCCCACAAUUGUUGCUGAUCUCAAGCUCACUUCUAUUGCCAAGAGUCAGCUUCUCACCAUCCCCGCCUCCGUGGUCCCUCUCUUCAUGAUCGCCCUAAGCAGCUGGCUCGUCAACAGCCGCCACGUUCCCAGCCCACUGAUUGCGCUCAUCUACUCCAUCAUCACCCUGGCCUGUUACUCUGUGCUAUACACCUACCCUAACCUCGGUGGUGUCUAUGCUGCCACCAUCAUCACCGGUUCCAUCUCGCACGCUUGGUUCCCCAUUAUGUGGCCCUGGCGCUUGCAGACAACAUCCAGGGCGACUGGCUCCGCCUUCGCCAUUGGUUUCGUCAACUCGCUCGGCCAGAUUGGUUCACUGGUUGGACCCCAGAUCUUCCGAUCUCAGUACAAGCCCAAGUACACGGUAUCCUUUGGUGUUGCCAUGGGUUUCACCGGCCUGUGCAUCAUCUUCACGGCUGUGACAUGGUGGUUUACACGAGUUACCGAGAAGCAGACGCGUGAUGCCCGCAAGCGACGCAUUGCUGCCGCCAAAAACAACGAGUAUCUCCGCGAAGAUGUCGACGUCGAUGCCGAUUUCGCUGAAAAGCCUACGACUAUGAAAAAGACGAUUCCGGUGUAA